GAAAUUUUUUUACAUAUUUACUUUCAGCCUAUACUUUUGUUCCUACAUAUUGAUUAUUCAGGACAUGGCAAGCCUUGUGAAGAAUGGCCUCCAGCAGCUUAAAUCUAAAGAGUUUCGUAGCUACUUGAUGAGCACCCAUUUCUGGGGACCUGUUGCCAACUGGGGCAUUCCCAUUGCUGCCAUUGCUGACAUCAGCAACAAGCCACCUGAGAUCAUCAGUGGCAAGAUGACACUAGCCCUGUGUUUCUACUCAGCAAUCUUCAUGCGGUUUGCCAUCAAGGUGCAGCCUCGCAACCUGCUCCUCUUUGCCUGUCACUUCACUAAUGAAGCUGCACAGAUCACUCAGGGCUGUCGCCUCAUUAACUACGAGUACUUAGGAGGCAAAGAUGCUGCAGCUGCAGCACCCGCAAGCUAGUCUCAUCAAGUGCUCCUGACAUUCACUUAUUAAGUCCUGCAAUAACACAUGUUUGAAAUCUCCACACCUUCGACAGCCCGGUGCUUCGUCCUGAAUGCUCUACAACGAAUCUCUGUUGCUGAGGCCCAACUUUCUAAAGAAACUACGGUAUCACUUGUUAGAAACUUCAUUGCCAAGAAAAAUGCCUCAAAAUUUCUCCGAUUUAAUUCAAAAUAAACUCAAGUAGCAUAUCUGCACGUCUUGUUGAGCGUUGACUUGUGUGCAGGGUUUAAGGCAUGAAAUGAAAAUGAAUUGUAGUCAUAUUAUCUUUGGCCAAGUUUUCCAUAUAAAUACUACCGACGCAGCACCUGUUGGAGCGCAAGUUUGACUUCGUUAACAGUUGGUCGGUGAGUAAUUACAAUGAGUGCGUCAUGUAAAAUGUUUUAUGUUAUAUGCAGCAGGCUUCCAUCACCAGCAUUUACAUUUAGGUACCAUUCAUUUAUUUUCUCUUGAAGGUAUACCUAUUGCCUGCUAUAGACAGCGUUGAAGUCAAGCUUAAUUUUGAACUUCUUCUCGUAAUUUUGAUACUACCAAUAAACUGUUAGUGUAAUGCUUCCCAAUUAAAUGUGUCCAGUUAUUAAUUUCGUUCCCAUGCUUUGACAAAAUCUUAAUUUUUCAUUAGAUAAGUGCAUGAAUUUGACAGUCUUUUUUUGGAAGAUAGUGACACGCUGCACGAGCUGCGUUGUUAUUUCUACGUACACUUGUUAUUUCCACGUACAGUUGUUAUUGCCAGUGUACACAACUGUUCGACUGUAGCUCUACUUGUAUUCUGUUGAACACAGUGUGACUGAUGUUAUUUCUUAAAAUGGAAUGUUGACUUUAACGAUAAUGUUGGCUACAUUCACUGGCUCGAGACGUGGUAGAAGUGACUCCUGAUCCAUGGAGUUGCGUCCAUAAACAUAGAGAUAAUGGCUAAACUUUGCAUACAUUAAUCUGAUCAUUGUUCGUUUAAUGUGAUUAUUGAAGAUAUAUUUAGAUUCCCUUCGUUUCUGUUAUUGUUUAUACUGCGUCGCGACUGAAGAAUCUUCUAGUGCAGCUUGUUAUAACGUCAUGAUAACACGUAUAUUCAUUAGAAAUAUCCUGCCUUACUUAAGCUCUGAUAUUUUCAUGCCUGUAUUCUAUUUUCUAAAUUUUUUUUUAUAUAAUAGAUGAAGAAAGUUGCCAUCACUUGGGUAGCUUUAAGUCACAGCAAAUUUGAAUCUCUUGUACUUAUUAUCAUAGUAAGCCUUUGUGCUUACGAUCGACGUCGAUAGAUCGGGAAGUAAACACAGCAGAUCUGUCUUGACAUUGUUGGAUCUUUGUGGCUGAGAGAUGGAACUAACUCUAAAUUAACUAAACUAACUAACUCUAAACCUAAACCAACUCAUUAGCUGCUAAUUAAUGGCAUCAUUUUAGUGCGUUCAAUAUUCAUGCAUCAUUAAUUUGGAAUUUAGAACCACUAAUUGAGAGAGUGUUGGUUCUCGGGACACAGUGCAAGAUGUACUCAAUACUCGUCGUGGCAACUCAUUAGGCUGGAGUUACGUCUCUCUCUCUCUGCCCGCUGAGCGAACUCUACUAAACUGAUGAAAAUUUUUCACGCAUAAGAUUUUAUUCAUGUCUUAGCUUAGUUUUUGGAAGAGAAAGCUAAACUUUGUUAAAAUUUGCCUAGUGAAAUUAAUGCGAGUAACAAGUACUAUAUUCUGUUGGUAUUAGAUUUUAAUAGAGAAUCGGGGGAAAAUCACGUUUGCUUAAUGGGUGUGAGCUGCCGUUGCAAUACUUCAACUACACAAGCUACAUUUCGGCGGCGUUGAGGCUCUCACGUAUUAUCCGCGCAAUCAUUCUCAUGCUGAGUCGUAAAUUUCAUGCUUCGUUGUACGUUUGCAUGGCAUGAAGCACACAGCUUAGGUGGCGUUUUGGGUUUAAAACAUUUUGGUGCUAGGAAUUUAUUUUAAGUGUGAACAGUUAUAGAUAGUAUUUUUCAAAUUUUCCUGUUAAUCUCUCAUUAUUAACGUUGUUUGAUUGCAAGUUUUUGCAGUGGUUUUUGCAAGAUUUUGUUCGCGAGUUUCGUGAUGAUCGUAUAAAUUUUUUCGCGAGGUUUGCAGAUAUUUCCCACCAAAACAUUAAUGUAUUUUACGGCCGUGGUUUACUAAAUUUUUCUAUUGCAAUGCCAUGUGAAUUGCACGCUGAAGAUGAGGUAGCGAAGCCAGAAAGUUUUGCUCCAUUUUAACUGUAUCAUUGAAGAAUAAUUUUGAUGUUAGUGCACUGUUCACAACAUCCUGUUGAUUUCUAUCAAUUGCGUGCAUGCGAGGUAUUAUUUAUGUGAUUUACGAUAAAUUAAUAAAGCCAAGUUAACUCAGCCGUGAGCGAUUUCUUCCUAAUAUUGCGAGCUUGUUCUUGUUGGUACAAGUCAUCUGUUCAGACACGUUCAUGCAACAGAUCUUGUGUUGUCAUCUUGCCAAGUCCGCCUGACAACGCCUACCUAACUCUCGUGCCGUGUAACAGAUCUUGUGUUCUCAUCUUGCCAAGUCCGCCUGAUAACGCCUACCUACCUAACUCUCGUGCCGUGUAACAGAUACUAUGUUGUCGCCCUUCCUAGAACACCUGAUAAUGCCUACCUAACUCUUGUGACACACAUGGCCAUGUAUUAUUAAGGAAGAUCCUGCGUGUUAUCGUGUCAUCUCGCGGCGUUUCUACAAGAUCGGCCGCAUUUCAAUUAAAAGAAUUGUUGUGUUUCGUUUUUGAAUGUACUAUUGUUUUGUUGUCUUUUGUUUUACUGUUUGGUUGUCAUUCAUUUUAUUAUAUUUUUUUCAAUUUGUUUGACUACUAUUUCGUUUGUUGACUUCUGUCCGCAUAUUUUGGCCCAGGUUUGCAGGGCCCAACUGCACGGUUUGUUUGAAGUUUUGUUAAUAUGGAAGUCCAGUAUAUUACAGCUUUUGUUUGUAAAUAAAAAUGAGCAUUUUGA